CCGCAUUGUUUCUUUUUCAAAACUCGUAAAAAUAUUAACUAUAUCAAAUUGAUUUCUUUUAAAGAAACGGCAUUUCGUUCAUGAUUUUUUUCUUUAUUCGUAAUGCAAAAUUUAAAUAUCAUAAUACAACCUACCGCUGACCGUAACAAGUCAGCCAUAUACUAUGUUAUUACGUAUUGAAAACAUACAUGUUUAUAAAGCGGAUGGAGGAAAUUGAGCAGCUGCAGCCAUGGCGAGUUCUUCACCGAGCCCUCAACUGGCCCCCCGGACCCCUGAACAGUCUAUUGAUAGAGGUCAACAGACGUUAAGGGCCGCUCCACCCAACCAGAGUAGUCUCGCGAUAGAGAGUUUGGAAAUAUCCCCCGACCCGCGCCUGGUGAUAGCGAUCGAUUUCGGGUCUUACGCGAGUGGGUACGCUUCGCAGUUGCGGGCGGACUUCGAGCGAGAUCGUCUAGAUAUCCGCAAAAACACGAAAUGGUCCGAGGGUGGACUCUGCUGCUACAAAACCCUUACUGCGUUGUUGUUGAAACCUGACAUGUCGGUGGCCGAGUUUGGUUUUGACGCAGACAUGAGAUUCAGCACACUCGAUGAAGAAGAAGACGACUGGGAGAACUGGUACUUCUUUCGAGGGUUCAAGAUGGUGCUUUAUGCGAAUGCCAGUUCUUUAGAUGCAAAUACCACAGUGGAAGACGCAUAUGGUCGUCAUCUGCCAGCUUUAUUGGUGUUUGGAAAGUCCAUGAAAUUCAUGAAGGACCACGCCAUAAACAAUCUUAAAGAAGCAGGACUUCCAUACAUAGAAGAUGAUACGAAAUGGGUGAUCACAAUCCCGGCUAUAUGGACUGACCGUGCAAAAGGUUUGAUGAGAAAGGCGGCAACGGAAGUGGCUGGAAUUCAAGCAGACCACUUGACGAUUGCUCUAGAACCGGAGUGUGCGGCCAUCUACUGCAGUCAGCUCACACGUCAACAACUUGAAAUCGAUGGCGAUGGAGGCAAACUGCAGUACAUCGCGGCCCCGGACUCUGUGAUCAUGUUGGUGGACAUGGGAGGAGGUACAGUUGAUGUCACAACAAUUCGCGUUGGCGAAAGAGGACAUUUGGAACACGUUCAGAUGUCAGGUGGCGGACCAUGGGGCGGUAUGAGGAUCGAUGACAAGUUAUUUAUGAUGCUGAAAGACCUGUUUGGCCAAGAAGUGUUCGAAGAAUUUAUGAGAGACAAUAAAAUGGAUUACUUUGAUCUUCGACUGGAAUUUGAAAAACAAAAACGAGAUGUCAAACACCCCAGUGACCCACAUUACAAUCGACGAUUUCGACUUAGAAUUCCAGAGUCACUGAAAAGUUUGUGGGAAAGAAAAUCAAACACAACAAUAUCGGAAAUUCUGAAACAGGAUCAUAUUAAGGGAAACGAUAUAAAAUUCAAUAAUUCGCGCCUAUAUUUUCCUAUAAAAAUCGUACAGGAAAUGUUUGAUGAAGUUGUUGAAGAAAUUCUGAUUUUCACAAGAAAUAUUCUUGCGUCCCCAAAAAUUAAGGAAUUACCUAUUACAGCGAUGAUAACAGUUGGUGGUUUUGCGAUGUCGAACUAUGUGAUAAAGGCCUUGAGACAGGAACUUGGUGAAAAGAACAUCCCGGUUGUUCGUCCACAUAACACUGAGUUGGCCGUCUUGCUCGGUGCAGUGCUUUUCGGACAUAAAGAGGACAUCAUUACUUCUCGGAUACUGCCUUACACGUAUGGCGUGUCGUGUACAAUGGAAUUCAAUUCAGAAAGACACAGCGUUGAACACAGAUUUGAAGACGGUGGAAGGCUUUGGGCAAAUAAUUCGUUUCGGAAGCACGUUACUCGCGGUCAGGCUGUACAACUUGGAGAAUGGUUUGUCGACAAGGAUUACUUCCCUGAAGAUGAGGACCAAACGUCGGCGACUAUCUACGUCUUUGCCUCCGACAAAACAGAUCCCAAUCACAUUACUGACGAAGGUUGUAAGUUCGUUGGUCAGUUCGACGUUGAUUUUCCGAGAACUGUAGCUAAACCGAUGGCAAGAAAGGCAGUUACAGUAGCCAUGCGAUUCGGAGGCACGGAGUUAGAGGUUAAAGGUACAAGUCAUGGCGGAGAAACAUACAAGAAAAAAUUAAAAUUAUAAAAUGAAUGUUAUGCGAGUAAUUUCAUUUAUUGAUGUUUAUGGCAUCAGGUAUGUCGGAUAGCAUAAGGACACUCUUUAUUGUAUGCACAUCUGCUUUGUAAGUACAUAAUUCUUAUAUUAAUGAUUUUUCUUAAUUGUUUAGUUAGAAUUAUAAACUUUUGUUCAUAGCUUUAUCCCAGUCUUUUGUUGUGUUACAGUUUUAAACUGCAAUCCAAAUAUAAGUUUUUAUUGCGUUUUUUUAUGUGAGCCUUCUGUACUAGUGAUGCAUGAGGGUAACAAACACUAUUUGUUAAAAGCAGUAGUUGAAUAUGCCAAAAUACAUUUUUUAACUGUUUUUAUAUUUCAAGUCUUCUGUUGUUGUUUUUUUCUCCAAAGUUCUCGUUCUCGAUCUUUAUAUUUCUCCCCGCCCGGUCUUUACAAACGAACGAUCGAUAUGAGGUCUGAGUUAGGAAUCUUUACGAUUCUCUUCAGUCUGACAACAUUAUUAAUGGUUGUAUGUUUUAAACUAAAUAAAAACAAUUACAAAUUAAUAGGUUUAUAAAACGUAUUUUAGUUCAUGAGAUUUAAUUCACCGAUGAUGUGAAGCUUAAGGUAUCCAAGGUGUGCAUAUCCUCUCAUGCCCAUGAGGAUAGCAUUAUGCAUUCUUAGGACGAUUCGUGAUUUGUUGAGUCAACCCUGUACUUUCAGCUUGUGCACAUAGCUUAAAGUAACUAGUUCGCACUAUAUGCUUUGUAAUCACUUUGAUGUAUAUAUUACAAUUUUUAUACAAUUGGUGUAAGUUCAAAUUCGAUAUGUUACAGUUAUCAAAUGUUUUACAAUAAGUUGUUUUUUCUGUUACACACAAUAUUAUUAUCGUGAAUAUAGUAUAUAUAGUUUUUUGGAUACGUAUGUGUUUAACAUUUUUUAUACCAUGUUAUAUAUUAAUUUAAAUUUGCUGUUAGUAGUUGCCAAGGUUUUGAAUCAAUGAUAUAGCAUUAAAUACUACAUUAGUCCCCAUAAGUGUCUGUAUAUAUGGUUUACUAUACAACUUUUAACAGCAAAGUAUGCGUGCCGACUGCUUUUUGGAAUAUGCAUGAUGGGUUCUAACUUAAUAAUGUGUAAAUAAUUAAUGUGAUUUUUAUACAACCUCACGAUUACAUAGUGACCAUCAAGGCAGUGAUACAAAAUAUGCGUCUAAUCAGAUAAAUAAACAACACUAAGCAUUGUAUACCAUUUUGAGCUUUCCUUUUAUGCUUAGUAAACACAAAAACGUAACACAUUUAGUUGCACGUUUUAUUGGUAUAAUGUUUGUGUGUUUUAAUAAUGGUUAUGGACAUCUAUACUGCCUUAAACAAUGUUUAAGUUACUUCAUGAUGUACCAACAAAGAUACUCAUAUUAAACUACCAAAGUAUA